CACUUGCACAAGAAGUCACUUACCAUCUGGACUAGCAGAGGAACAGAACAGAACCGUAAGCUGCACCUGUCCCACACACACACACUCACUCAGGGGAGAGAUCACACACAGUCUCUAUGUGUGGCUGGGACCAGAGCCUCCUGGCUGCCUCUCAUCACAGCUCGGCAAUGUUGACUACAGAGGGAGCACCCUACACCACUGACAAUGAGGACUUCAAGAUGGACGUAGCCGAUGUAGACAUGACAAAAUGGACAGAGGCUGAGUUUGAAGAGAAAUGCACCUACACAGUGAAGGAUCACAGUUGGGAAGGUCCCUUGGAGAAUGUGGACCUCACCUGUGCUGUGGCAUCCUUACCUCGAAACCUAGCCUUCAAACACCCACCAGACUCCAAAGAGGUCAUUGGUGUGGUUAGCAGAGAAUACAUCCCCAAAGGUACCCGGUUUGGCCCCCUUGUGGGAGAAUGCUACACUGCAGAGAAUGUCCCCAAAGACGCUAACAGAAAGUACUUCUGGCGGAUUUACUCAAAUGGAAAGUUCCAUCAUUUUGUGGAUGGUCUGGAUGAGGAGAAGAGUAACUGGAUGCGCUAUGUGAAUCCAGCUCAUUCCCAGCAGGAACAGAACCUCGCUGCCUGCCAAAAUGGCAUGAACAUUUUUUUCUAUACGGUCAAGGCUAUUCCUCCAGACCAGGAGCUUCUGGUGUGGUACUGCCCUGAGUUUGCUAGCCGUCUCAACUACCCAGCCUCUGGAGAUCUUAUGAUGCAAAAACUCAAACAAAACCUGAUUGAACCGAAGAACCCAGUUAAAAGGGAACACAGUGUUUCUGAGAUUUUGAAGGAUGUACUGCAAGAACCCACCAGACCACUUCCCACUCGUCCCCACUGCCUCAAGAACCCAGACCGACCUCUUUACUCCACUGUUCCCUAUUCACUGCGUUCCACCCUAAAUGAGGAAUUCUUAAAGAGUAGCACAGCAUUUGUGCCAACUUGCUCUCACAGACAGUAUUCUGCAACACCGAGCCCUUCAGUACAUAGCAGUCCUGAAAGCAGCCCAGAAAGCAGCCCCACACCAACAUCCCUUGAGCCAAGGAUUACCCCGCUCUCCUUUUCCCCAGCACUCUACUGUCGUGGCUUGGGUCAUUAUCCAGGCUACACAUCAGCAAGCCCGAUGUCUUUCUACCCUAACCUGCACUACUCACGCUACCUCAUGCCUCACUACCCGGUCAGUGGUGUGAGUGGGCCACCUUUAUUUCCCCACAUGUACCCCUUUUACAGUGGCUUGGUACCCCCUCAUGUACCCUUCCCAUCUGAAAGUGGCCGGCAAUUUCUGCUAGCACCUGACACUCCUGCUCCUAGGGACAUUCUGCACCCAGCAGCCACCAGUGCCUUUUCUGCAGCCACUUCUCUGAAAGACAAACUACUGCAUGGACAUAUGCAUCCCUACACUCCCACUGGUGGCUCCCCAACAGCUGGUUCUGCAGCCUCCACAGGUAAUCUGCCUACUAAGCCUACCUCAGCUCUUUUGGGUACCAGUCGCUCAGAGGACGAGGCCAUCAACCUCAGCAAGAUCAAGCGAGGCUCUGCAGGCUACAAAAGUUUAGAUUACCCGUUGAAGAAGCAGAAUGGGAAGAUCAAAUAUGAGUGCAAUGUCUGCAGCAAGACUUUCGGUCAACUGUCUAAUCUUAAGGUGCACCUGCGUGUCCACAGCGGCGAACGGCCAUUUAAGUGUCAGACCUGCAAUAAAGGCUUCACGCAGCUGGCUCACCUACAGAAACACUUUUUGGUCCACACUGGAGAAAAGCCACAUGAAUGUCAGGUGUGUCACAAGCGCUUUAGCAGCACCAGCAACUUAAAAACCCACUUGCGACUACACUCCGGCGAAAAGCCAUACCAGUGCAAGAUCUGCCCAGCCAAGUUUACACAGUUUGUACACCUCAAACUGCACAAACGUCUGCACACACGGGAACGUCCACACCAGUGUCCACAUUGUCACCGCAACUACAUCCACCUCAGCAGCCUGCGGCUCCAUGUCAAAGGCUACUGCAUGGCAGCCACCCCUUCUCCAAGCUGCAAUUUGGACGAGCUCAACCGUGUCAAUGAGGAGAUUGAGCGCUUUGACAUCAGUGAUAAUGCUGACAGGUUGGAAGAAAUGGAAGAAAUGGAAGGAUUUGACAUUGAGAGCAUGGUGGAGAAGCAGAUCUUUGGAGUACUCUGGCAAGAGAUGGAUUUUAAAGUCUCUUACCACAAAGGUAACACCGUAGGAGACCUCCGUCCCCCAACACCACCAUUACCCGCAUAUCAUCUGAAUGAGCCUGGCUGUGAGGCCUCAGUCAUCAGGGUUCGUUGUAGCAGUCCUCUCUCACUCCUUCCUAUCAAGGUUAAAAAGGAGACAGAGGAGGUCAUGGAAGACUAGUCAACUAGGGGAUUGGCUGCCUGACUAGUUCUCUAUACUAGGUUGUGGACAGCGUUAAGUGUACACCAUUUUUCUUAAAGGAAACAGGCUUUGGCCUUAAUGUUCAGGGACUUAAAGUACUCAGGGCUAGCAGACGUUGAAGUUUAUCAGUGGUCUAGUAUGUCCUUCACAAAUGACAAAGACAAUCAUUUUCUUUUAUUAAUAUUAUUGUUUUAUUAAUAUUAUUUGAUCUUUUUGGUGUUUCAAUUUGUUUCUUAAUCUAUUUAUUUAUUGUUCAGUGUGUCAUUUUUCAAAAGCAACACAUGGAAAUAAUGUUUACAAUGAUUGGUUAAUUCAUUGUUAUUUACUAUUUUAUAUAUAAUUUGUCUAAAUGUUUCUUAUAUGUUGUCAUUCUUUUUUGGAUAGUGUCUUACAGCACAUAGUGUCUCAGUUGACUGUGAUCUCAUGACUGCAAAAAUCUUACCACAUUCAUCUUAAUUUUUUUCUGUGGGCUUCUCUUUGUUGAAGGCCUUUUUUUCUCUAGGAAAGGUCAAAGGAUAUAUAUCAAUGUUGUAUGUAACAUUUGUUCUUUUCACGUUGAGCUGUACACAAUAUAAUAAUUUCAAAAGGGGCAUAUUAUGUAUUAUUAACAACUGUUACCUCAAAAUGUGGGAAUGUAUGUGUGUCUGUGUGUAUAAUGUGCUUUUAUGUUUGUAAGAGAUGUUAGUUUGUUCUGCUACUUGAAGAGGAAUGAAAUGUCUUAAAUGUGCAGGUGUACAUGUGGACCAAAGAGCAGCAGUCCAUCACACACUGGCUGUGAAUCAGAGACUGACUUUGCAUUUUUUUAAUGUGUGGCACAAUACUGAUACCAAAUUAAACGGGGAUGUGUGGCUGGUUACCAAAGCUAUGUCUAUUGUUAGUUUUCAGAAUGUGUGAAUUACAGAGAGAGAUGUGUGCAUAUGCAAUGUAAGCUGUUGUAGCCCUUUGUUCUGCUGGUCUGUGGUGGUGAUGUGUGUGUACACUACAUCACUCUGGCGUUUGUAUGCACUGAUUAUUUUUCUUUUGUCUAAUGUUUGUAUGUAUUCAGUGUAUGUAAGAUUUUGUACAGUAAAUUUUGUAGGACAGUGACAUCAGCAAUAUGUUCUGUGGGUUAGUAGCAUCUCAUACACUUUCUGUCCUGAAGUCUACCAAAGUCUACAGUCAGCUUUAAAUUAAAUAAUAAAAGACUGUAUUGAUUUUCAUACUGGUUUACAAAGCUACAGUACAGCUUGACAAAAUGUAAAUUAUAAUAUAAUUCUUCACUGAUCAAAUGUACUUGUCCCUUGUGUGUUGUCUUUACAAAAGAUUUGGUGUCAGUUCCAUACAUAACAUUUUCAAAUAGGGCUAUUUUAUCGAAUAAAGCGCUAUCCCACUGUACAUGGAAGGGAUAGACACCCAUAUCAGAUUUCAGUUAUUAAACUA